UGACACUGACGGGCAAUCGGCCGCGUCCAGAGAAGCAGGCAGCAUCCGGGGAGAGCGGGCCGGCCGGGGGGGGGGGGCCCAGGCAGGCUUCCUGGAACCCUUGCUCCAACGGCCGCCUGCACCCGGACCCAGGCCAGAUAAGAGGCCGGCUGCACUAUCAGAGCCCGGCAGCGCGCUGUCCCCCGGCCCUCGGCACCACAAGGGAGACCGGGGGACAGUGGGCUCCUUGUGAGCAACCUCCCGAGUGGCUAGUCUGGACGGGCUUCCCAGAGUCCCAACUGGGCUCCUGCUGCGGAUGGGAGCCGCCGCUCACCUCGGCGACAGAGAAAGCCAGGCUGCCUGGAGGAGGAGGCGUGCUCCCGCCUGAACGCGGGUACCUGCUCGCCGAGGUGACGGCCAUGUCGGUGAGGCUGCGGUUCCUGUCCUCCGGGGACGCGGGGGCCGUGGGGGUCGUGGGCCGGAGCGCCUCCUUCGCGGGCUUCAGCAGCGCGCAGAGCCGGAGGAUCGCAAAGUCCAUCCACGGGAACUCGGUGAGGUCUCGAAUGCCUGCGAAAUCCUCCAAGAUGUACGGCACACUGCGGAAGGGGUCUGUCUGCCCGGACCCCAAGCCACAGCAAGUGAAGAAGAUCUUUGACGCACUCAAGAGAGGCCUCAAGGAGUAUCUGUGCAUCCAGCAGGCCGAGCUGGAUUACCUGUCAGGUCGCCACAAGGACACCCGCAGGAAUUCGAGGCUGGCUUUCUAUUAUGACCUGGACAAGCAAACGCGCUCUGUGGAAAGGCACAUCCGGAAGAUGGAGUUUCACAUCAGCAAGGUGGAUGAACUCUACGAGGGCUACUGCAUCCAGUGCCGCCUGCGAGAUGGUGCCUCCAACAUGCAGAGGGCCUUCUCCAGGUGCCCGCCCAGCCGCGCCUCCCGAGAGAGCCUGCAGGAGCUGGGCCGCAGCCUGCAGGAGUGCGCUGAGGACAUGUGGCUCAUCGAGGGGGCCCUGGAGGUUCACCUGGGAGAGUUCCACAUCAGGAUGAAAGGCUUGGUGGGCUACGCACGCCUCUGUCCCGGAGACCAGUAUGAGGUGCUCAUGCGCCUGGGCCGCCAGCGCUGGAAGCUGAAGGGCCGGAUCGAGUCAGACGACAGCCAGACCUGGGAGGAGGAGGAGAAGGUCUUCAUCCCCACCCUGCACGAGAACUUCGAGAUCAAGGUGACAGAGCUGAGGGGCCUGAGUUCACUGGCAGUGGGCACAGUGACGUGCGACAUCACUGACUUCUUCACGACCAGGCCACAGGUGAUCGUGCUGGACAUCACAGAGCUGGGCACCAUCAAGCUGCAGCUGGAGGUGCUGUGGAACCCGUUUGAUACUGAGACCCUCCUGAUGUCACCCAGCCCCACAGGCAAGUUCUCCAUGGGCAGCAGGAAGGGCUCCUUGUACAACUGGACACCCCCAAGCACCCCCAGCUUCCGAGAGAGGUAUUACCUGUCUGUCCUGCAGCAGCCAGCGCGGCAGGCUUUGCUGCUGGGGGGGCCAAGGGCCACCUCCAUCCUCAGCUACCUAUCUGACAAUGACCUUCGGGGCCCUGGCCUGCGGAGCCAGAGUCAGGAGCUGCCCGAGAUGGACUCCUUCAGCUCCGAGGACCCCCGAGACACGGAGACCAGCACAUCGGCAUCCACCUCAGACGUGGGGUUCCUGCCCUUGGCCAUUGGCCCCAACUCCUCCAUUGAAGAGGAGGCCCAGGAGGACCCCCAGCCCCUGGGCCUCCUGCCAGAGAUGGACCACCUGGCGGAAGGCUCCUUUGUGGAGCAGCCUGGCUGGAGGAAUUUGGGAAUAGAGGGCCCCAACCUGCCACAGGGCUCCCCAUUCCACAACCAUGCAGCCCCGGGUAGCCAGAAAGACCACGGUGAAGGAGAAACCGAGGACAGAGUGGACGGGCCUGAGGUGAGCCUCGAGAGGCCCCUGCAAGAGGUCCUGGAUUUACUGAGGUCCGUGGACCCCACCCAGCCGCAGCUGCGGGAGCUGGAGUACCAGGUUCUCGGCUUCAGGAACCGGCUGAAGCCCCGCAGAGCCCGCCAGGAGCACGCCUCUGCCGAGAGCCUGAUGGAGUGCAUCCUGGAGAGCUUCGCCUUCCUCAACGCUGACCUUGCCCCGCAGGACCUGUCCCUGUUUGGGGGCUGCCAGGGUCCCCAGAAGGACAGGACCCCGUCCCCACAGAAAGCGUCAUCUGGGGAGCUCACGGCCGGCACCCUGGAGCUGGACAGGCUGCUCACGGUCCACCUCCACGUCUGCAAAGCUCUGCUGCAGAAACUGGCCUCUCCUAAUCUGUCGAGGAUGGUCCAGGAGUGCCUUCUGCAAGAAGCUGCGCAGCAAAAGCAGGUUCUGGAGAUGCUUUCCGUGCUUGAUUUUGAGAAGGUCAGCAAGGCAACAUCCAUUGAAGAAAUCGUUCCGCAGGCCACUCGGAGGAAGGGGUGCCUGAAGCUGUGGAGAGGGUGCACGGAGCCCGGCAGGGUCCUGUCCUGUCCCGCCACGACACUGCUGAACCAGCUCAAGAGAACGUUCCUGCACAGAGUCCGAGGGAAGUACCCGGGACAGCUGGAAAUAGCGUGCAGGAGGCUCCUGGAGCAGGUGGUCAGCUGUGGCGGGCUACUGCCCGGAGCCGGGCCUCCCGAGGAACAGACGGUCACCUGGUUCCAGUUCCACAGCUACCUUCAGAGGCAGAGCGUCUCUGACCUGGACAAGCAUUUUGCCCAGCUCACCAAGGAAGUGACACUUGUCGAGGAGCUGCAGUGUGCGGGGCAGGGCAAGACGGUCCGGAAGCUGCAGGGGAAGCGGCUGGGCCAGCUCCAGCCCCUGCCCCAGACACUAAGGGCCUGGGCACUGCUCCAACUGGACGGGACUCCACGAGUGUGCAGGGCAGCUAGUGUUCGCCUGGCCGGCGCAGCCAAGAACAAGAACUUUCGGGAAAAGGCUUUGCUUUUCUACACCAACGCUCUGACCGAGAACGAUGCCAAACUCCAGCAGGCCGCAUGUGUGGCACUAAAACACCUCAGGGGCAUCGAAAGCAUCGAUCAGAUCGCCAGCCUGUGCCAGUCUGACCUGGAGGCUGUGAGGACAACAGCCCGGGAGGCCACACUGUCGUUCGGUGAGAAAGGACGCUUAGCUUUUGAGAAGAUGGACAAACUCCACUUGGAACAAAGAGAAGAGGCCUUUUGCCAGGAAGCGGAUGUUGAAAUCACGGUAUUUUAAGCCUCAGCCGAUGAGUUCCAAUGUGGCACCUUUGUCUUCGCUCUGCCCCGCCCUGACGCAGGGGCUGAGUUUGGGGUGGGGGAACGCUCUGUGCCCCCACUAAGUGUGAGCUGGCCCGAGCUGCUCCAUCUCCAGACCAGUUACAAAGGCCAGGGGCACAGAUGAGGCCUUUCGUACCAGAGCAGAAGGGGCUGCAGGGCUGUAGAACUUCAAUCACACGGUCAGCUUUUGCUUCUGAGGACCGGACCUUCCCCAGCCAGCUGCACUACCCAGGGGCCACAGCCAGGCAGGACGAGGCCUGCAGCGAAAAGCUCCAAGAGGAACGCGCGGCACUUGGGGUCUCCCUGCGGGUUCUGGUUCCAUAAGGACUGGGAGUGAACUGGCAAGCGGGCUGACUGCUCUUGCCGAGGAUGCCGUGGUCAUGUCGGCAGCAGCAAGCUGUCCCCUUGACAAGCUGGGGACGAUGGGAAGGCACGCAGCCAGGGUUUCACGAUUCACGCUCUUAACCCGAGCUGCAGCCCAAAUGCCACCACGGAGCCUGCUGACCACGGACCUUAUUCCCCCCGCCGAGAAACCCUGCGUGUCAGGUCAGGAAGAGCGUUCACUCUGACCUCACUCACCAACGUGGAAUGAAGCUUCUGAAGCAAGUCAACAUACGGCCUACUAAAUAAACUGCUUCGGAAGUCAUAAGCUGGUUUGAAAAAAGAUUUCACUGAAGAACAUGUUCAAAGAAAGAAAAUUCAUUUCCUAUUUAAAUCUAUUAAAAAACCUCCAACACGCCUCAAACUGUUUUUGUGUGGAGCUGUACAGAGACAGCCUGGGGUAUGAAUGCAACACCUGACAAAGGCACUGGGGACUCUGUGACUGAAACCUUCUCGUGUAAAUUUCCUGUAUAUAUUCUGUGCUUUUCGGUUGAACUUAAGUAUUUAUUUGCCUUGUCCCUAAGUUCGAUUUUCUGAAAUUUCGAUUAAAACGAUUUUUAUGGGUGUUUCCCUUUACCUGAAAAAAGUAGAGAGCAGUGGUUGUAUCCCCAAACCCCCCGGGGAGGGAAAGAGCAGCCCCUCCGGCCCGAAGGCGGGCUCCCCGAUACGCGGCUCUAACGGAGGGCGGCCCCGCCGCCUCAGUGCCCUUGGCACUCCCUGUGCUGGCAGAAGGCCCCCCGAGUGCCCUCUCCUACAGAUACCAAGCAGCACGGACCCUCCUUGUCUAGCCCUUGGCCUCAUCUGAUUUCGGCACCGAAGUUCCGAGUUCAGCAAUUUUUUUCCCCCCACACCGGCAUUCCACCUCUUCGUGAAAGCUUAGAUGCCAUUUUUAUAUCUGAAACCAAGACUGAAGAAGUGACAGUGGGUGUGACACCACCAUCCCGUGGCCACAUGACCAUAGCGCGUGUUUACUCCCCAGUUCCGUGGAUCCUGCCAGGAGGCCCAGCGGCCAGUCAUACAACCCUGGAGGAUAUAAGGGAAUUUUUUGUCCUAUUUUUGCAACAUUUUAUAAAUCUGAAAUUAUUUCAGAGCAAAAAGUCAACCGAUCACUUUAGAGAAGAUUAACGGCGUACAAGGAAGGAAGACUAGGUGACUUUUUUUUAUCCCGUCAUUUCUCUGUCCAGCGUGGCUCGACAGAGGUCCUGAGAAGUGGUGACCGUGGGCCUCAUGGACAGCCGGCUAGGGACACAUUCUGAGCAGUCCUCCAAGCAACUUGAGGAGGUUUGCUAAGGCCGCCCAGGGCCCUGGACAUUCAGAAGGUGGGUUCUGUCGUCGUCUAAGAAGCUGGGUUGAGGCCGGAAGUGUCAGUAAACUCACCGGGAAGGGAACGGCCCCCCAGCUCAAAGGCAAGCACAACCCCGGGAGGCCGCAGUAACUCUUGGCCACCUGACCGACAGCACCUGCUUCUCGGUGGCGGCAAGAAACAGGAGGUUCCCGCCCUUUAGGCCCAUUAAACAAAGGCAUGGGAGGCACCCCAAAUCCAUGUUCUUUAGAAAAAAAAUUUUAUUGUUGCAACUAAAAUGCAAACCCAUCAUUUAUAUGGCAAGUUGGAAAUCUGUACAGUUCGACAGUUCUGUGAGGUCACAGAAGACCCUGAGAUGCGCCCCCCACCCCCCAUCAUGCAUCCAUGUAUACACACACCUGAAAAGGUAUUCUACCAAAACACCUCACUUUUUUUGUGUGUUUUUAUUUUUGUAAAAAUGGUUUAUUCCAUGGCCAUUGUAAAAAAUAAUGACCUGAUGAGUAAAUAUUGGCUUAAGGCAUAUAGCAGAGCAGCUCGCUACUUCUCUAACGUACGUGUAACAAGAUGGACGGCCAUCUGUUUUCCAAGGAUAAGAGGUUAAACCAGUAUAUCCAUUUUGAAAUGCUACUAUAUAUACACACCCAAACUACUACAUACAUAUACAGGACUUCAAAAAACAAACAAACAAGCCCAACUCAAAAAUGCUUACAGCCUCUGGCACCUCAGCCUCAUCCACACCUCACCAAGGCUCUGCGGAGCGAUGCCUCAAACGUUCCCACCACAGAACUUCUCUGCACGGGCUUCUAACACGUGAAAGGCAAAAUGUGAAAAUGCUGGCAGAAGAGCAGCUCGUGAGCUACAGCUGCCUUGUUUUUGUUUUUUCUUGUUAAAAAAGCCACUUAACGUGGAGGUCUCAAGUUCCCUUGCAGGAAGAGUCGUGAGCACCAUCAGUCCCCAGGAUUCAAGGGCGGGCGCAGACGUGGCUCUCAGCAAGGCCCCCGGAACAGGACGACGGCAGGCGGACUCCGAGGGACUGUCACCCAGAUUGCUUCAGGACGUGUGGUUUCCAACAGUUGCCUUGGUUCCAAAUCACCGUCUGCUUGAAGGAGCGUGAACUUCUGAACGUGGAGGCUGAUCCCCAAGGUGUUGGGUGGGGGUGGGGGGGGGAACCCUGCUUGCCUAAAUGUCCAGAGCGUGAGGUGUGACUGCGGCUUCCCAUACCCUUGGAAUGUCUGAGUUACAGUGCGACCCGGAUGGACAAGGCCAGGCCGGGUCUCACCAGGAAGUCACCAGAGUGUCAUGCCAGGAAUUCGGCAAAUAUCUCUUACUGGAAAACAUCACUCCAUUGCUGAAUGGCGAUGAUUUUAGCAAGUCUUAGGAACCACAGCCAUGGAAUGAUCAGAUCAUGCAAAGGUAGACUGGACUUGUACAUGGGGCACAUUAAUAAGCAGAGAGCGAAGUAUUUCUAGCACGUGGUAUUUGAUGGGGACACAAGACGACCGUACAUGCAUUCUAAUACACACAGGGAAAGCAGUGAUUGAGAACAAGGUUCUAGCAGAUAACCGGGAGGGGGUAACUGGGACAAAGUAAUCUCACGUCAUGUAUCUUAAAUAUCCAAAUGUUCAGUAUAUAUCAUCCCAUGCUCUAUAAACAUAUGCCAAACCUCUGCUCACCUUACCCACAAUGUCACGAAAUAACGACUGCUUACAACCGUCCUCCUUCCUAGUACUGGUCUGACGCAGCAGGCUCAUGGCAAAGUCUUACGUUCCCAGCACUACCUGAGGGUUUAUUAUUGUACUUUUUGAUAAAGCCCUUGAUGCAAGGCUGACAUCAAAAAUUUUAAUACAUUAUUGGUUUAAGAAAAUGCUAGUGCACUAUGGAUGCCUUUGGGGAAAACGACAAGAACAAAGAAAUAAAUACGGAGCGGAGAGGCUCACCGCACAGUCUCCGCGGAGGCCCAGGGGGCGGACACCGUCUGCUGCCCACCGGGAUGUGCUGGGCCGCACCAAGAGGGAGCGUGCGGCAGGGCGAGCCUCGCGACUUACGCAGGCCACCAGCACCGGACUCUCCUUUGCUCUCCUCAAAAAAUGGGCUGUGGAUUUGGUAUGCGAAGAAAGGGAGGGGCAGCAAAGUCCAAAGGAGUAACAACCAACAGCCCAGGGCGGGUGGUUUCAGUGCAGAACAAACGUCCGUCCAGGUCACGGCUGGCUACGCUGUCCUCGCCCCCCCCCCCCCCCCCCCCCCCGCGACAGGCCUGCUAGGCGGGCGGUGGGGUGGGUCAGACUAUGUGCCGCUGCCGAACAGGAACCGGAAUGAAACCAAGCAUUUUCAGAUGAGCCCAGCCCCCCCACCGCAGAGCCGCAGACUCACGCACUAGCCCGCCCCCCCCACUCCGGCCCCCAGCCCCUCCAGCCUCCAGCGAAGGGGGUUUCCUUUCUCUUUUACAAGAGCCCCCCUCCCCAAAAAUCACCCUGAAGGAAAAUCUCGUUUACAUGUUGUUAAACCAUCCGAUAUACUCAAAGAUGGUCGCUUGGAAAGAGAGAAAAUAUUUAAAAAUUUUCAAGAAGUCCCGUGAGGUGAUUUCCAUGACCAGAGUUUUGAGGCUAAUCCCCCCUCUUCCCCUCACUUUAACAGCAACAUACUUCUCACGUGUGGAUUUCUACUGAAACAGCAUUUAUAUUCCGAAGAAAGUGGAAAUUGUUCCUUCUGGACCUCAAUGGCAGGGUGAGAAGCUGGUGGCCACCCUGCCGUGACCUCGGACCCCGAGGCAGGGGCCUUGAGGAACCCCAUUUGUGGAGGUGGGGGGAUGAGGGAGGGGCCUGACCCAGAGAGCCGGAAGGAGAAACGAGCAAUGGGAAACCGGUGGGGACACCCUGAGCAAAAGCAGAAGCCGGGCUUUGUUUUCUAGAGCUGGCCUUUUGUUGUUUCUCUUCUAAAAACGGGAAAGCUCGCAGGCACUGUCCAAGCUCAGUAUGCGCACAGCAGAGGAAGCGACUGAGCAAGACCGCGCCCUAAACCCUUAAACCCUCUUCUCCAAAGGAGUUUACAUUCGUAAAAGCAUGGGAAUCUUUCCCUGGGAAAUCAAAUAUAAACUGUGUAUCUGGUGACACCACCUAAGGGUACAAGAAAGUUUCGUAAGUGCCUAGUCUUUUUUUUCCAGAAAUAAAAGCUGCUUUUUAUAAAGGUUAAAAACAACAAUGUGUUGUAAUUCUAUUAUUUUUUUUCAAAAACAAAUAACAAUAACAAAAAAAAAAAAGA